CCGCAGCAUCUGAUUAGUGUCGCCAUUUUGUACUUAGUUAGCCGCGAAAUCUUGAAAAUAUUGAUGAUCGGUACUGUACGUAUAUAAAUAAAUACGUAUACGUCUAUAAGAACAUAUAUAAUAGAAAAAUGGUGUAUCCUGUAGUCAAGGAAAGAAGAGAAGUGCGAAGCACGAGAAUGUAAACUGGUUAUCAUUGCUGAAGAUUUUGAAAUUCGUGGCCGAACGACAAAACAUGGCGGCUUGGAAGAUCUAACGGAAUUGACCAAUCACGUGCCGGCUUAUCAUCAAGUGGUAUCCGAUUGGUGGAGAUAGCUGAUAAUGGAAGAUUUUGAUGUCUGUCUUCUGUCGCCGCGUAGGUCAUAUGAUUUCGUCGUUAAAAGGAAGUGAAAAGUCGCUGAUUAUCGGCGAACGGUGUGGCUAUCAGUGAUAAUUGGACGCGUCACCUAUGCGGAAUUGAACCAGGACCGCAAUCGAGGUUGGAAUUACUAUCAAACAUCAGCGGCACGAUGUCGUUCUUCGGCGUAAAUGUCAACCCGUUCUCGACGCCUGUGGGCCAAAGAAUAGAACAAGCCACCGAGGGUAGCUUGCCUAGUGAAAAUUGGGCCCUUAACAUGGAAAUAUGUGACAUCAUCAACGAGACUGAGGAUGGCCCAAGGGAUGCGAUAAAGGCAAUCAGGCGUCGGUUGAAUCAGGCUGCUGGAAAAAAUUAUACCAUUGUCAUGUAUACACUCACGGUAUUAGAAACGUGUGUAAAGAACUGUGGAAAACGUUUUCAUGCCCUUGCCUGUUCAAGGGAAUUUGUCCAAGAGUUAGUGAAGCUGAUUGGACCAAAGAACGAACCUCCAACUGCAGUGCAAGAAAAAGUCUUAAGUUUAAUCCAAACUUGGGCAGAUACAUUUAGAUCUCAACCUCAUACACAAGGUGUCGUACAGGUGUACCAAGAGCUCAAACUGAAGGGGAUUCAGUUUCCUAUGACUGAUUUGGAUGCUAUGGCUCCGAUCAUUACACCAGAAAGGAGCGUACCAGAGGUGGAUCAAAGCAUCGGAAGUAUUCCUGUGAACGACCUGCCUCCAUCGGUACCUCCAGGUGCCCAAGUACAUAAUUCUCAACAACAAUUGGCAAAGUUGCAAAGUGAGCUCGACAUUGUACAAGGAAAUAUGCGAGUUCUUGCUGAGAUGUUAGCACAUUUAACCAGUCCCGAACAAAAUGCUCAGCAACAAGCUGAUGCCGCUGAUAUGGAGUUGCUAACGGAACUGGUUGCUACGUGCAAGGCAAUGCAGGAGCGAGUAGUUGACUUAAUCGGAAAAUUGUCAAACGACGAGAUGACGGCCGAGUUGCUCCGCAUUAAUGAUGAAUUGAAUAACCUAUUUUUAAGUUAUUCUCGGUACAAGAAGAACAAGGCUGUGCCUCCUAGUGCCAUAUUGGCACAAACCAUUGGCCAUCAACCGGACAAAUCAAAUACGGAUUCACUGAUCGAGUGGCACGAUGAAGCGGAUGCUGUGCAAAAUGAUUUAGCUAAAAUGCGUGUGUCGGAGAGUGGAGAAAAAACCAGGGUUGAGCAGAAAGACAAAAAGGAUAAGGAAGCUGACAGUGACGAAUUCGACAUGUUCGCACAGUCCCGCAAUGCUACGUAUGAAACUUCAAAAAACAGCGGCAGUAAAUAUGAGGACAAUUUGGAGCAGGUGAGCGGGGGAAGUCUAAGUACAGCGAUUCUCAACCGCAGUAAUCCUAACUAUUCCCAACAGACUGCUUCCACUGCUGCUUCUACUGCUGCUACCACUCUGAAUCGGGAAUCUGAAUUCAACGAGAUGGCCGCUUGGCUGGACCAUACGCAGCCAGGUGCGCAAGGUGAUCAGGAGUCUUUAACUUCGUCGGAAUUCGAACGGUUCCUGGCAGAACGAGCUGCUGCAGCGGAGGCACUGCCAACCCUUCCCACAGUUACCACUGCACCAAGUACUACGACCACAUCCACUACAAAUACCCAGCGUCAAAUCAACAAAGAUCAAGACAAAUCUCUGUUCGCUCUUUAAGCAUUUCUUCGAGUAUUCCAGAGAGACCAAAGGCAUCGAAGUGGCUAUCAAAUCUUCAUGUCUGUGGUAGUUGCUGAAACAUCAAUGUUUCUCUGCCUUGAAAGUGACCUCAGCUCUCACCUAAACAAAAAACAAAAAAACAACCACCAAAGGAUAUUUCUAAGGGCCACCGAAGUCAAUCGAACUAGUUAUUUGCAAACUCAACAAGAAACGUCUUCGAUCUAUCCUCUACAGAGCAAGAUCAAUCACUUUUGAGCUAUGGUAGCUUUUAUUGUUCCUAGAUAAUGUUUACAAAUAUGAACUUAGUACAUAUAGCGAUGGAUAAUAUCCUAAUGCAGAAGGUAGUGACUGUUCCAUUGGGUUGUUUCAUAAUUUUUAUAUAAAAUGUGUUUUUUUAAACGAUGUAUCUUGUCCCGUGAUCGAGCAGUACCCAUAAUUUGAUUUUUUAUUGCAUUCACCUGGUUCUGUUGAUGUGAUCUAAUUUUUAUUAACGUGAACCUAAUCAUCUCUUUGGAAAAAAAAAAUCAUUACGUUGAUCCGUUGAAUUAAAAAUACAUAUUUUAUAUCGAUGAAACAACCUAUUUGCAUCGUUCGAUUUCAGACUAGUACAAAGUAGCACCAGAAGUGACGAAUAUGUGCUUUUAUGAGGAUUUUAUUUUGGAUUUGUAGGUCCUUUGAAAUGUCCGGGAACUAGACUAAGGCUUUGGCAGCAGAAGAGAUAUGCGACAGGGACAAAGAGAAAAAACAGGCAACGCUUUGCGCUUUUACGUACUUACAUACGCAACUAACGAAUCGAUGAGACAGAAUCGUAAGGGGUAGGGAGUACUAUUUCUAUGGUAACCAUAGAUUAGUACAUUUGGAUAUCGGCGUUUCCUUCAUAAGGUUGUGGCUCUAAAAGUAAAGGGUUAGUACCAUUAUGGGCGAGCACUGCGUAGCGAGAAGUUAGGAAUACUAAUUACACCUUAUUUGUAAAUAAAAAAAAUGAAAAACCGUGCGAGAGUUUCUGUCUGCGACUUUCUACUCGUGUCCUAUAGAAAGUCGCUCGAAGGGGGUACAUUACUGCUUCACAAAUAAAUCCAGUAAUUUGUUUCCGUAGUUGUAAUUAGCAAAUCUAAAAAGAUCUGUCUUUCCUUUUAAGAGAUUUAAUAGAACGUAUAUUCAUAAAGUUUCCCACGUGUCGAGAAUGUGAGAUACUGGUGCCAAUCUAUUAUAUUUCCAGUACUCGAUUGGUGUUUAAAAUAUUGGCAUAAAUCUAACUCCGCUCCAAUUAUUUUUAUCGAUGAAUAAUUAUUACUUCAACUAUUUCUGGAACAGGUCUUUGCAAGAGUGACUAAUGAAUUUAUAAAUAUCUGAUAACUGCCAAUAAUUUCUGUCGAAUCUUGGAAGAUAGAGACAGUUUUGCCGUUCUGUGUAUUUAUUACUAUUCCAAAAAUAUGUGAUAUUACUUCUUGGUUGUUAAUUAAUGUACCUCUUUAAUGAAAUUUCGGUCGCAAGGGUUUAGUCGUUGGUUUAUUACCAAGAAAAAAAAGAUCAUUGCAUUAAUAUUAAUGAUGAUUUUUAGAUUAUUAUUUAAUGACACGCUACUGUCGCGACAAGUAUUUUGCGGUAACAAAUGAAUUGUGUUCUCACAAUUUCAAGCGAGACAUUUUGUAUAGGAAUAUACGUAUAAAUAUGAUAUAUAUAUAUAAAUAUUAUAUAUAUAAAUAUUAUUAAAUGUGUACCCAAAAAUCGUGAUAGACACAUGUGGUGUGAUGUAAUGGUUACGAGGGAAUCUCUCGAUAUUUGAGUUAUUCUUCUGCCACUAUUGGCCUGUAGCUAUUUUCCAGAUAGAAUGAAUUAUUUUAAAGUCAUGCAGUAGAUACCAAAACUAUACCUCCGAUGAACGUAAUUCAAGCUGCAAGGAAUUGUUGUCGAUUGCCCUUUACGUACUAUAUGAGUUCUUGAAACUUUAGCAUUAAAUGGGCAGGGCAUAUUACAUAUCUACUAUAGAUUGCAUUUUCGAUUCCUUUCAUGGUAUUAAAAACAGAACGCUUUUAAUUUUAGCUGUUAAUUAAGGCAGUCGUUAAAGAGAUAUCAAAGGAUUAAAGUACAUACCUUUUGGUAAAACGUGCAAAAUUAUAAAAAUUGUAAGGAGACAAUACAGACACGUAGAUAACAUUAAAAUUAACUGAAAAACUGGAAAAUGGUUAAUGAAUUCUGAUUUUGAAGCAUGCGUUAAGAACGUGUUUAAGGUAAUCUUUUUCUUCUUGAAGUUUCAGUACCAUUGUCACAGAAUAUAUUAAAUAUGUAAUUGACAUUUAUUUUGCAUGGGUUUUCGAAAGCUCGCUUUAUAUUCUUUUAAAGCUUAAAAACCUUACGUAUUCGAUACGGAACCAUGAUGUCUAGAGAUAUCCUCUAAUUCCUUAAUAAGACUACAUAUAUGUAUUAAGAGCGAUUGUGGUAUUUUCAUUUUACUGAAGAUCUACUUGCAUUUUGACAAUAUAGGUAUGCUGUAGAUUUCAGGCUUUUCGUCUUAAGUUAGAUUUUUCUUUUAUAGAAAUUUAUUAGGGCCGGCUUAUGGUAAAAUAGUGCUUAACAUAAAAAUAUUCUCAACAAACUGACGAUAUUUGCAGAUUAAAAUACAACCUAAAAUAUAAGUAGAAGUCGUACAAAUUGACGUGUUCACAGGUUUACUAGAAAUAUAUGUCUUUCGUACACAUUGUAUUUAAAUCAAAGUUAAAUAAUUCCAUAAAAAGUCGUGUUAACAUACAUACUUUAUAAAGAAAUUGUUAAUUACCAAUUUAACAUACGUCGGCCAUUAAAUUAUUGAGCUUUGCAAUUAACGUAAGUCGUUUUAGCUUAGGUAAACCACGGUUGAUUUUUUUAUAGAGAAAAUCCUAAUGUCAUUUGCCUAAAAGUCGAAGGACCCAAUACUUGUAGAAACCUUGAUGAGAAAAAUCGCAUUUAAUGUUCGGAAUCUUGGAAACACUCUCAAAGGAAAUAUACAAAUAAUAAAACAUCUUUCAUGCAA